GGAGACCUGCAAAAUAUUUUCAUCAUUAGACGUUAAAGUUUAUUAAAGUGUAUCAAAUGUUCUUCAUGAAUACUUUGUGCAUGGGAGUUAGAAUGAAAGAAAGAUUCGCUCUUUUAUAAACUUUUUCAUCUUUUGGAAUCAUUGUUUGAGCGCUUGAGAAUAGCUAAAUCUAGGAAAAAAAGUUUUUUUCCUUCCCUAUGAUUAGGGCUUGCGAUUCCUUCCCUAUCAUUAGGGUUUACGGCCAAAUCCAAGAUCUUGCACAGAUUUCAGUACCUUCCAUUCUUUAAUUCACUUCUUUGUGGGUUUGCGGCGACGGCUUUGUAGCAGUGGUGGAGCUUGUCCGAUUUCUGUACCUCUCCAAUCGAGUCGCGAUGAAUAAUCAAGGAUUGAAUGGUAUCCAAGCCGAUAUGGAAUAGUUGGACCUAAAUGAUGAGGAGAUUGGGAUCUCGUUUGGAUUGGACGGGGACCUGGUUCUACAAGAGGUUCUGGACGAAUCAUUUACCUUGGUUGGAAGACUUUUGACGGAUAAACCAUACAAAUGCAGAUUAAUCAGGGGGAGAAUAUAUGGCUUGAUUUGGUUCCGCUUCGUUCAUCGAAUUAAAUAGACGCUGAGCGUAUUUUGUCUGAAGGACCGUGGGCCUUUGAUAAUGCAACGCUUCUUUGUUGUGCCCCUGUUCCAGGUGAUGAGGUAAGGGCUUCACACCUAAAUUGGCACACCUGAAUUGGCUGGAAGUUUGGGUUCAGGUACACGGUUUACCUUAUGGCUACACGAGCAAUGCGGUACUGGAGGCGAUUGGUAGUUUCUUAGGGGUCUUUGUGAAAUUGGAUGAAAAGAACGCUACUCACAUCCCGCAGAGCUUCCGACGAAUCCGGGUGAGAGUUGAUCUGCAUCGCCCAUCGAAGAGGAAAAUGAAGUUGACUAAAAACGAUAACACAGUCUCGUGGGUCGAAUUCAAGUAUCAAAGACUUGGAAAUUUCUGCUAUUUUUGUGGUAUCCCGGGGCAUCUUCAUAAGCAUUGUGCAGCAGCUGUGAAGUCGGACAUUCCGAUUGAGCUUUGGCCUUACAGUGAUGAACUUAGAGCUGGGCGUAAAAAAAGUUGCGGAGAUAGGUGCACGGUGGUUGCGCAAUGACAAGGAAAGUUGGGGGGGCCGAGCGAGGAAGAUUUCCUCGAGUGGCACUACCGUACAAAAUGGUGAAGAAGUUCAAGGUUUAACAACCAUGCAGAAGAGAAGGGCUAACCAAGAAAAGAUCGUGGAGGUGAAUGCCUUAGUGCCGGAGAAUACACAUAUGUUACCAACGGCGGAUCUUGGUCUCCAGGCCUGUCGAGACCAAUGAGUCUCCUAAGUUGGAACUGCCGCGGGUUGGGCAACUGUCGGGCAGUGCAAGAACUGGUAGAUUUGGUAUCUACUAAAAGGCCCCACUUGGUCUUUCUCAUGGAGACUAAGUGUGUUAGGAAGAGAGUAGAGGAUCUUAAAAAUAAGUUGGGGUUUGACUCUUUGUUUGUAGUUGAUAGCUCUGGAAGAAGUGGCAGACUUGCUCUUUUCUAGAAUAGAGAGUGCAAAGUGAGUUUGAUAUCUUACUCAAGGAAUCAUGUUGAUGUCAAUGUGAUGAACGAAGGAAAUGGGUCAUGGAGAUUUACAGGCUUUUAUGGUUGAAAAAACCUUGAGGGAGAUGUUGGAAUGGGAGGAUUGCUAUCGGAGACAAUGUGCCAAACACUUUUGGGUCUCGUGUGGUGAUCGGAACACAAGUUUUUCACAAUUAUACUUCACAUUCGAAGAGGAGGAACCGCAUAUUACGACUUUGUGACGGUAUGGGAGGUUGGUGUGAAGGGGGAAGGCUGCUGCCCUUUGUUUAUAAUUAUUUUACAGAUUUUUUCAGAGAUAAUAAUAGGAGGGGACCUCACAACCCUAUGGACAUGUGGUGUGCAAAGGUGGAUCAUGCACGUGUUCGGGAGGAUUAAAAUGCUGAGCUCCAGUGCCCAUUUACUCGACAGGAGAUCAAGGAGGCACUUUUUUCCAUGCAUCCGGACAAAUCCCUAGGACCCGAUGGGCUCAACCCAGCUUUCUUCCAAAACUGUUGGAAAGAGGUGGUCCAGAGCUAUCUAACUUUGUAUUUGAUUAUCUUCGCAGGAAGGUUAUCCUAG